UCCCCCCGCACCCCCCCCCCUCCGCGCUCGGGCCCCGGCUCCCGCUAUGGCUGCGCUCCGGAGGCUCCUGUGGCCGCCGCCUCGGCUGUCGCCGACUCUCGGCCCUCAGCAGCCCUUCCUGUCACCGUGGGGGCGGCCUGCAGGGACGGCUCCGGUGCUGUCGGGCCGGCCCUUCUCCUGCCGCGAGGACGACGACGAGGGGGCCGUGGCUGAGGCGGCUUGGCGGCGGCGGCGCUGGGGUGAGCUGAGCAUCGCGGCGGCGGCGGGCGGGGGGCUGGUUGGCCUCGUGUGCUACCAGCUGUAUGGGGACCCCAGAGCAGAGCCCUCGGAGUUAGCGGCCCCAGAACCCGAAGACCCGCCCCGGGCCAGGGGGCUGCUGCCCAUCCCGGUGGCUGCUGCUAAGGAGACGGUUGCUACUGGCAGAGCUGUUACUGAGGAUUUGGACCUCUAUGCGACAUCUCGAGAGAGGCGGUUUCGAUUAUUUGCAUCUAUAGAAUGUGAAGGACAGUUAUUCAUGACUCCAUAUGAUUUUAUUCUGGCUGUUACAACAGAUGAGCCCAAAUUUGCUAAAACGUGGAAGUCACUUUCUAAACAGGAAUUAAGUCAGAUGCUCUCAGAAACUCCACCAGUUUGGAAGGGAUCAUCAAAGCUCUUUAGAAAUCUUAAAGAAAGAGGUGUGAUUUCUUAUACUGAGUAUCUUUUUCUUUUAUGUAUUUUAACAAAGCCUCAUGCAGGGUUUAGAAUAGCUUUCAACAUGUUUGACACCGACGGAAAUGAGAUGGUGGAUAAAAAAGAAUUUUUGGUGCUUCAGGAGAUAUUCAGGAAAAAAAAUGAGAAGAGAGAAACUAAAGGAGAUGAAGAGAAACGUGCGCUGCUGCGUCUUCAACUUUAUGGAUACCAUUCUCCUACUAAUAGUGUACUUAAAACAGAUGCUGAGGAACUCGUCUCCAGGAGCUACUGGGAUACCCUGAGACGUAACACAAGCCAAGCACUCUUUUCAGACCUCGCAGAGCGUGCUGAUGACAUCACAAGCUUAGUAGCAGACACUACACUUCUGGUACACUUUUUUGGAAAGAAAGGAAAAGCUGAGCUCAACUUUGAAGAUUUUUAUAGAUUUAUGGAUAACCUACAAACAGAAGUUCUAGAAAUAGAAUUUCUUUCCUACUCUAAUGGAAUGAAUACUAUCAGUGAAGAAGAUUUUGCCCAUAUUCUUCUACGGUAUACAAAUGUGGAAAAUACAUCAGUAUUUUUGGAAAAUGUGCGCUAUAGUAUACCUGAAGAAAAGGGCAUCACAUUUGAUGAGUUCAGGUCAUUUUUCCAAUUUCUGAACAACUUAGAAGACUUUGCAAUAGCCCUCAAUAUGUAUAACUUUGCAAGCCGUUCCAUAGGACAAGAUGAAUUUAAACGUGCCGUCUACGUAGCUACUGGACUUAAACUUUCACCACAUUUGGUAAAUACCAUCUUCAAAAUUUUUGAUGUUGACAAAGAUGACCAAUUAAGUUAUAAAGAAUUUAUUGGAAUUAUGAAAGACAGACUCCAUAGAGGAUUCCGGGGCUAUAAAACAGUCCAGAAAUAUCCAACCUUCAAAUCCUGCCUGAAAAAAGAACUUCAUAGCAGAUAAAUCCUCUUAAAACAAAGUUUGAAGGAUUAUGAUUUAUGAGCAAAGCAAGCAGCAAGUUUCUGAGCAUGGAUCCAAGUGUGAAGUCAGAGCAUGCAGAAAAUAAAGGGAAAGGUGAAAUAUUAUGAAAUUAUAUUUUUUCCUGGAACUGAGUUUGUCAACAUAAAGCAGAGGAAGAUUGAACCUUCUAGUUGUGAACAGUAGCCCUGGGUUUGACCCCUAGUACUACCAAGAGAAAACUUCCUGCAGAUGCUAAAUGUAGUCAGUUGACCGUGCACCUCGAUUGACCGAAGUCUGAACUUUUUCAUUCCCUUCACAAUUGUUUAGAUUGUUUAUUUAUUAGAAAUGCCCUUUAUUUCCAAAUAAUUUAUGAAUGAUAGACUAUAGAUGGCUUAAAAACCAAAACACAUUUCCUUCUGGUUUGAGCUGUGAACCUGUUUUCAGACGAGGAAUAUUGCUUCUGAUUUGUCUUAGGGCCUUUAGACACGUUUAUAAGUACCUGUUAUUUACCUUGUAUUUAAUCACACUGAAGUAAUUUCAGAAAACAAGUGAAAAUUUACUAAAUAUGAUGGUUUACAUUGUACUUUCAACUUUUAAAAGUACUUAUGUAAUAUACAUUGUUGGAUUUGUGUAAAUUUUUGUUUGUUUUUGCUGUUCUUUGUGUGUUUUGUUUUGUUUUUGUACAAAGGUCAACAGGAUUUCAGGUAUUUUAUUUAAAAAGCAAUUUAGCUUUUUUUUUUUUUUUU